GCGUAGCCGUCAGCCAUGGCCGCCCUCCGAGCUCCGGCUGAUACUUUCACUUUUGUUUCUGCUGAAAUGACUUUUUAUCAGAAUGUGACGCAGCAGGAAGAAGAAGCUCGUUUUGCCUGGACCCUCUGCAGAAACUAACUUCAGCUUUAGCUCUUGUCGACUGAACAUAGCCUGUUAGUUUUUACUUUCAGUUCUUCACUCAGCACUUUAGUGACGAACCGAACCGAACCCAACCGACUGGUUUGCUAAGAAACGAUGGAUGGUGAACUUGAUUUCCCUCUUCAUGGAUCAUCACUUCAAUUAGUGAAACACAGUGGAGUUGCUCUGGAUUACAUCCUGAAAGUUAAAUUUGGAUGUGUGGCCUCUUUUGAUGGUGUGCAUUUUGAGAAUGAGACGAGCUUUAGUCUGAAGAACAAACCCAUUGCUCCAGAGAAAAGGUGUGAAUUUAACAUAAGUUCAGGGGUCACAUUGUCUGUGUGGAAGGGCGAUCUCACAGCUUUCCCAGCAGAUGCUGUUGUGAAUGCUGCUAAUGGGUGUUUGCAGCAUCAUGGAGGCCUUGCUCGGGCUCUGUCUGAUGCUGGUGGUCCUCGUAUUCAUCAGGAAAGUAGUGCUUACAUCAAGAAGCAUGGUCCGUUGACCACAGGAGAAGCAGUUGCUUUAGGUGCAGGGUUACUACAGAACAAGAUGAUAAUCCAUGCUGUUGGUCCAGAGCUGUCAAUAAAGCCCACCCAAAAAGAAGUAGAACAAGCUGGACCGCUCUUAAAGAUGGCCAUCAGGAGUAUUCUUGACAUUGUCCAAAAACACCGUCUGGUAAAUGUUGCCAUCCCUGCUAUAAGCUCUGGGUUGUUCCACUACCCCGUCCGAGAAUGCGCUGAAACCAUCGUGUCAGCUGUAAAAAACUACUACGAAUCCUCUUCUGGUCAGAAACAUUUUCCUAAAGAGGUAUGCCUUGUGAACCACGAUGAUCCCACAGUCAGAGAGAUAGAGAGGGCCUGCCGUCAGAUGUUCUCUCCUCACCAGACCAGGAGCUACAGCCAGGCAACAGCAAGCAUGCCGUCACUUCCUGUCCAGACGGGAAAGAUCCGUCUGACACUGAAGAAGGGAAACAUUGAAGAACAAAAGACGGAUGUCAUUGUAAACACUGCAUCCCAAGACCGAUCUCUGUGUAUAGGUCAAAUAUCCAAAGCUAUAUUUCGUAAAGCAGGUCCGGAAAUGCAAAAAGAAAUCAGUGAGGCGGUAAAGACAAAUUACAUCAUCUGCACCAAACCCUACGGGCUGCAAUGCAAGCAGGUGUUUCACACCUUUUGCCCUGAUAAGAGGAGUCAUAAAGCCUCUGCACAGAUCCUUCAUGCAUCUGUUCUGGACUGCUUAUGGACAGCAGUGACAAAUAAACACAAAUCGAUUGCCUUCCCUGCCAUCGGUACCGGAGCCCUCGGGUUCAGCAAACGGGAAUCUGCCAUGAUAAUGCUGGAUGCUGUGGCUGGUUUCAGCCACGAGUGUCCGUGUGACCUGGAUGUUCACUUUGUCAUAUAUCCUUCCGACUACGGAACAUUCCAGGCUUUUCAAGAACAAAUUACACUUUCCCAGGAAAGCCCAUCACAUCACAACUUUUCACUUGGACAGACAUCUGCUGCUGCUGAGGCUGAGGCUAGGAUAGGAAGCCACACCAGCAGAGCUCCAACCCCACUGAUCGUUCUGCACGGUCCAACUGAAGAAUCAACACGAGAGGCUGCAAAGUGGCUCAGUAACCACCUCUCCUUGUCUUCACGCUCUGUUGAGAUUUGCAACAACUUCAUCCAGCACUUCAGCGAGAAGAAUCACCUACAGCUGUCCAAGAUGGUUGAAGCAGGCGUGUCGAUUGAGGAGUUUUUUGUACAAGGUCAUGCUUGCAUAACAGUAGAUAGUGAGUCAAAGGAAGAUACUGCUAUUGCUGCAUUGAGGGUGGAGGAAAUGCUCUGCAAAAUCCAAGAGCAGUUUAUUGAUGAAGAAAAAUAUGAGUUGCAACUGCUGUCAAAUAAAGAGGUUUCCAUUCGCAGAGAGAUGGCUGAUCUCUCAGACCCAAUGUUCUCUGGCCGAAAAAGAGCCUUUUGUGACGGGGGACUGAGGAUAAUAAAGGUGGAAAAGAUAAAGAAUCCUGCCUUAAAUGAGCUGUUUGAACAAAAGACAAAACAGCUUCAGUGCUCAAGAAUAGAAAAGAUGUUCCAGCGCAUACCUGCACAGUUCUGUGAGGUGAUCCUCAACAUUGGGUUCCACGCUGAGUUCGCUCCUCCUGAAGACCCAGCAUAUGGAGAAGGCAUCUAUUUUACCAACACUCCUAAAACUGCCAUGAAGAUCUGGAGGAGGUACGACGACGAGUACCUGUACUUCGUAGAAGCGGGCGUCCUGAUAGGAAAAUCAGCUCCGGGUGAACGAGGACUCAUUCUGCCUCCUGUUGGACAAAAUCCCAACAUCCGCUACGAUAGUGUGCACGGAGGAACUGAUGUUGCCGUCAUUUUUAGUGGUUAUCAGGCUCUACCCAGGUUCAUUUACACCUGUAGGAGGAAGUGAAGUGUUUUCUUGCUGACACGUUGGGCGGCACUUUUACGUUAUAAUUCUGGUCUGAAUUCUAACAUUUUUAAUGGCAUCUUUAUUUCAUUACCGUCACAUCUGGUGUCUGACUUGUAUUUUAUUUUUUAUGUCAGAACCUUGUGCAGUCAGUCAGUCAGUCAGGAUCGCUGUAAUUUUAUUAAUUACUCAUCAGAAAUUUUUAUUUUCAUCCCCUGCAUAACUGACAAAGUUUUGUUGUUUUUGUUCAACAUCACCAGCUGGAAUCUGGAAGUUAUUGAGUUUCUGAGGUUUUAAUAGUCACUGUUUUGGUGUAUUAGUUCAUUUUUUACUCAGUAAAGAUUCGGAUUAAGUGUGUUUUGUAGCUUUGUUUUGAUUUAUGGCACCACAAUAUGAGUGUUCACAAAGUAAGCCUGCUUUCUUCACACCUUUCAUAUAAUAAAAGCCGCUGAGUGCAGGUGGAUCCAUAAUGGCACGACGGCAAGUUUAUUUCUGACGGAUGUAAAUUUGCUCCUGAUGUUUAAAAUAUCGAUGAGUUGUAGCUCCGGUUUAAUAAAAACGUUCAAACAAGAAA